AUGGGAUAUAAAUUCUUAGGCGAAAAUCCAAUAGGAAAAUGGACAGUUUCAUUUAGAGUCGCAGACGAUGCAUAUCAUGGAACAAUAGAGAGCUUAGGUCUUAAGGUCUUCUAUAACAAAAUAGCUCCAAAUAUCUCUUUGAUAAAUCAAAGGAAUGAUUGUCAUUCACCAUUCGAAGCAAAUGUCUCCAAAAUUACAUUCAAAAAAAAUAAAAUUCCUCUAUUUGCAGCAACAGCUGCUGGGGUCAAAGUAAAUGUAAGUGAAGAUGUAAAAGACGCAUACUACACAGUUUGGCUUGCUUCACCGGAUGGAAAUGAUAGGAUUCUUAUUAAUGCUAGUUUUAAUGAGAAAUUCGAUUUGUUAAAAAUAGAAUAUACUCCUAGUGUUUUCAGGGAUAAACUUGAUAUGAUACUUAUUAUUGAUUCCAUGGAUCCUAAGUGCAUCUUUUCAUCAAAUGUUUCAGUUGACUAUAGUAAUACUUUGGAUGUUGGCUUAUCCAAUCCACCAAAUGGAACAGUAUACAAAACAGAUACUGACAUAUAUAUUGAAUAUGUUCUGCAUCUUGAUAGAAUCAUUUAUGAUGGAUUUUCUACAACAAUCGCUGCAACUAUUAUAUCUCCUGAUAGCAAGGCCAUUCUAAAUAGAGAAUGGAUCAGAAACACAGGAAAUAGGUGGCUUAUUAACAUGAUUCCUUCAACAAAGAAGUUUUAUUUACAAAUAUCACCUACUUCAACUGAAAGACAAGAAUAUAUCCAUCCUAUGACGAUUAAUUUAUUUGUUGUUGAACAAGAUGGCAAAUAUAGGCCCGAUGCAUUAACUCCUGUUCAAAUUACUGAGAUUGUGUUAGGUAUU